UACCCUUUCGCCUGACUUUGAUUAAUUUCCAAAGAAUAUUGAACUAUUAUACAAUUGAUUUGCUUAUAUACGUAUAAAAUAUCUAUACUUUUGUGUUUUUAUUCAUUAUUUUUCUCUUCAGCAUGUAGUUGUUGAUAAGCCGAUUAUCAAGGAAAAUCACCCUAAGUUACACUAGUGAAAUUCCACACCUGCGCUGUACCUCCUUAUGUUUAAAGGACAUUAUUAUCAUUAACGAUUUAGUCAUGUUAUUGUUGAUGUGUUUUCGUUUCCGUGUGGUUAUAAAUAUUUUUUUAAUAUAACAUUUAGUGGAAUUUCCCAGGAUGGCAAUCUACCGAAUGUUUCUUGUUUAUGUAUUUGGGAGUUGUGUUAAGUAUUUGUUGUGAAAGUUGUGCUAGAUUUUUGUUAUUGUGUAACAGAAGAUUUUAAGUUACAAUGAAUUUACGUGUUUGGUGACUAUAAUUUUAAUAAUGUCUAGCACUAGAAAUUCUGUAUCUGAAAAUCAAGCAUCUGCUUCGGAAAAUGAAAGCGAUCGCUAUGAUACGAAAGUGAUUUCUAGUAAACAGCAGCGCAAUACUUCCAAUCAAAACAAAACGCUGCAUGCUAGCCAAGGUUUAGAAGAUUCUCAUUCUCCGAGCAGUCAAAAGAAGCGAUAUAGUGGUUUAUCUGUAUCAACUACUCAUUUGUAUCAGUCUGAAGUCGCAGCUGAUGACGUAUCUUCUAGCGAUGGCAUUACUGUUAAGAAUACAACCUCUAGUGCUAGUUCAGACAAAGACAAUAGUUGUAGUAACAAUUUAGAUGCCAAAAAUGUUCAUUCACCAACACCAUCAGUAGUAUUAAAUUCUGCAACUAGCUCAGUCACCUCAUUAAAUACAAAUUCUAGCUAUAAAGAUGAAUCAUUUGAGAAGUUUAAUGACAAUCAGUCAACAACCGAUGGAUUAUGUAAUAUGUCACCAGGCUCAAUAAGCCAAGAAAGUUCUUUAUUCCCUGAUAAUUUGAGCAGAUCAUCUGAAUCUGGCAAGUCAGUAGACUUGGGACUGCAAAAGACGCCAGAAAUUCAUACGUCGAAGUCAGAUGUAAGCAGGUCUGAUAAAGUUAGGUGUACAGAAAAGAAAGAAAAGAAAAAGUCAUCCUGGUAUAAUAUGCUGAAUCCUACAUAUAAAUCUCGGAGUGAUGAUUUUAAACGCCUUUUCAAGGAUCUGCCUGAUUCUGAACGUUUAAUUGUUGAUUAUUCAUGUGCUUUACAAAAAGAUAUUUUGGUCCAUGGAAGACUUUAUGUGUCUCAAAACUACGUCUGUUUUUAUGCCAAUAUUUUCAGAUGGGAAACUUUUGUUACCAUAAGGUGUCGAGACAUCACUAGCAUGACAAAGGAAAAAACUGCAAGAGUCAUUCCAAAUGCAAUACACAUAGCUACAGAUACUGAGAAACACUUCUUUACAUCCUUUGGUGCUAGGGAUAAAACAUUUCUGAUGCUUUUUCGAAUCUGGCAGAAUGCAUUAUUAGAACAACCAAUGACUUCUCAAGAAUUGUGGCAGUGGGUACAUAUAAGUUAUGGCGAAGAAUUAGGAUUAACAAGUGAUGACGAUGAUUACGUUGCUCCACCUAUACUAGAGGAUGAACUAAAAUCUAGUAAACAUUCAGAGCAGAGCAUUAUAAAAUACAUUGAAAAAGCUGAUUCUGUAAAUCUUCAUGAAAGUGCUAGUGAACUGCUGGAAGAAGAAUAUUCUGAAUCUGGCAAUGGACUGAAUGGAAGUUUUGAUCCUCCCAUAAUGGAAGAUAUUGAUGAAGAAUGUUCUCAAAAGAUGCAAGAAAAUAGCAAGAAUAUUUUGAAUCAAAAGUCUUCGGAAUAUCCCACUGAUUUAAGCGACACUACAGAAAGUGAAGAAAAAGUUAAAGAGCUUGAAUACAAAUGUCCAUGCCCUAGCCAUGAAGGCAAAGAAGUUCUCAAUGCAGUGUUUCCUUUACCAGUAGAUGAAGUAUUUUCACUUAUUUUUACUGGUUCAAAAUUUUACUUUGACCUUUUAGAAUCUAGAAAAACAUAUGAUAUUAUGGAAAGUCCAUGGCAGCAUUGUCCUGAAUUUGAUCUAAAAAUGAGACAAGUCACCUAUACUUUGACAUUAAAUCAUUCUAUGGCAAAAAGUGCACAGACCACAGAAACCCAAAGGUUGUUGAAGCACAGUAAACCAGGGCAAAUAUACACUGUGGAUUGUGAUGUUGUAAAUACAGGAAUACCUUACUGUGAUGCAUUUACAGUGAAAUCCGUAUAUUGUUUAACAAAAGUAUCAAAAAAAGAAUGCAGGUUGCGUAUAUCUGGUUGUGUUCAUUACAAGAAAUCUGUUUGGGGAUUAGUAAAAUCUCUUAUAGAGAAAAGUGCAAUGCAAGGAUUAGCUGACUUUGCUACAGAUUUAGCAAAUGCCCUUAACAAAGAGGCUGAGAAUUCUAGUCAAAACUUAGUCAAAAAACCACGAAGGAGGAAAAGAAUGAAAUUUGAUUCCAUUAAAUGUGAAACUUUGAAAGAUGCUCCUAGAAGUUUACAAAGACAAGCAACUAUUAGGAAUUUAGGGCCUUCUAUUUCUGGUAUAGAUUUAGCAUCUUUAGGAUCUACACCAGAUAUUGUUAUUCGUGUAAUUCUUAUAACGUUAGUAAUUCUUCUAUUCCUAAACAUGCUGUUGUUUUAUAAAUUAUGGUCAUUGGAAGAUCAGAGUUCAAAGCAAGUACCUCCCACUACAUGGGAAUAUCCAGAUAGUCAAUCAUUAACAAAAGAAGAUUACAUUCAUUUACUGCAGAAGCAAGAUGCUCUUCAUCGAGCAGAAACAGAACGGUGGAGAGAAGCACUUGGUGAAGUUAUCAAAUUAAUACACUUGAUCGAGAAGUCCCUUUCAGAACUCAAAAAUAGUAUUGACACAUACAGUAGUACAUCUGUUCUCAAAGCUAUAGCACUGCGAAUGUCUCAAAGUUCUGAUGAUCCAUCUACUGUAGAAUCAAAUACAAAAGUGUCAGAUUCUCAAUCUGAACAGACAUGAAAAAUAUUAAUAUUUAUAUACUCCUAUACAUGUAUAUAUAAAGUAAAAAUAUUUAAAUUGUGUAAUAUAAAAGUAUCCUAUAGGGAACAAGUUGUAUCCAUUGGCAUGGGUUGUAUCAACCAGUCAGUGUUGUUGUUGUAUAUUAUAUAGAUUAUUUAUCUAAGAAAAGGUAUUCUUUUGUAGGUCCCAAUGCUUCGAGACUUAUCAUUAUGAUGCAAAAUAUAAUAAAUGCUGUUACAGUAGGCAGUGAGAUUUAAAAAUGUUCUAUUAGCAAAUAAUAAAAGUGGAAAGAAUUUUUUUUUCUUUUCACUUUUUUAUCAUACCAAAGAAGUACAUUUGAAAUAAAUAAGCAUUGUUGCACUCAUGUUGGAUAUAGUUAGAAGUGCCAUUGUUUCUUUUAAAAGUAGUUAUCACUUGAAUAAAUGAAACAUAGAUUUACUGACAUUUCCUUCUUCCAUAUUAAAUUAUUUAUUUAUGCAAAUAGCUUCAACUGUGAAGCUUUAUUAAUUUAAACAUAUAGGAAGGAUGAGCACUAAUUUUAAGUCAUCAUAAAAAUUGCUGUAUUUUCAGUAUUCAUUACUUUAUUAUUUAAAGUAUUAGAGUUGCAUUAAUUAUAAUUUUAUUUCAUACGACAUCUUAAUCAUAUCAACAUAGAUUUUUUUAAUAUUAAUCCUAUUAGUAAAGUAUGUAGCUAUGUAAUAUUGGUGAAUAAUUUUGAGUAUAGGUACUCUUCUAGUAAGGCAUCGUUGUUAUUUAUUUUUUCAGCAUUAAUACUGAGUUCUUGAACUUUGUUAAAUUUCUGUAUUUAUUUGUAUCAGUUAUAUUUUUUAAUAUAUUGCCACUCAUUAAAUUAUUAAAUACUGUAUGAUUGGACAUCUAAAUAUUUUUUGGUUGGACUCUAAUUUGGUUAUAUUGUUUUGUAACAUAUCACUAUUGAAAAUGAAAUGAUAAAUCCAUUUUACUGCAAUAUAAAUGUUAGUAUUUUGUUAAUUGUGCAUAUCUCUGGUAUAUAUUAGGGCACUGUAAUUUUUUUUCUUUAAUAUGAACAAAUUUGUGUAUUUAUUCAGUAUAUAUCAUUAAAUUACAUUUUUUUCUUUCUUAGGCGCUUUGAAAAUGCAUGCAAUAAUGAUUUUUUAAAAAUAA